AGCUAAUCUGUGGCAGGCCUGGUCAGUAACUGUGUGGGGGACCAGCAGUGAACACCAGGUGCAGUAAACAACCCAGCUGAACAGCAGAACAGAUGGACACACAAGCAGGAAUAUCUCAGAAGGACAUCUAAUGGUAUCCCAGGAUUAUGAAAUAACAGAUAAUGACCGUAGACAGGAUUCUCCAGGAGAUAACCCCAUUACCCCAAUUAUACAUCCAGCUCUAUCAGCUGAUCCCCCUGAUCCUGGGAAAUGUUCUCCUGAUCACUCUGAUAUUGGUGCAUCUGUUACAGCUCUGACAGUAGAUACAGUGUUUCCGUGUUCUAUAGAUGCCAAAUGUUUUACACAGAGCACAAAGCAUAUUAAUCCACAGACAGGUAAGGCAGGUGAGAGGCCACUGAUAUGUUCUGAGUGUGGGAAAUGUUUUGCACGCAAAUCAGUUCUUGUUAGACAUAACAGAAGUCACACAGGUGAGAAGCUGUUUUCUUGCUCUGAGUGUGGAAAAUGUUGUGUAAGUAAAUCACAACUUGUUAUACAUCACAGAAGUCACACAGGUGAGAAGCCAUUUCCAUGUUCUGAGUGUGGGAAAUGUUUCACACGUAAAUCAUAUCUUGUUACACAUCAGAGAAUACACACAGGUGAUCAGCCAUUUUCUUGCUCUGAGUGCGGGAAAUGUUUUACACAAAAAUCACAACUUGUUACCCAUCAGCAAAGUCACACAGGUGAGAAUGUAUUCACAUGUUCUGAGUGUGGGAAAAGUUUUGCACACAAAUCAGCUCUUGUUAUACAUCACAGAAGUCACACAGGUGAGAAGCCAUUUCCAUGUUCUGAGUGUGGGAAAUGUUUUGCACACAAAUCAGGUCUUGUUAUACAUCACAGAAGUCACACAGGUGAGAAGCCAUUUCCAUGUUCUGAGUGUGGGAAAUGUUUUGUACGGAAAUCACAACUUGUUACACAUCACAGAAGUCACACAGGUGAGAAGCCAUUUUCUUGCUCUGAGUGCGGGAAAUGUUUUACACACAAAUCACAACUUGUUACCCAUCAGCAAAGUCACACAGAUGAGAAGCCAUUUCCAUACUCUGAGAAGUAAAUCAGCUCUUGUUGCACACAAUAGACAUCACUCAGGUGAGGAACCAUUUUAAUCUUCUAGAGUAUACUUAUCAUUGCCAUGCGUUGUUCUUCAAGGUUCUUAUCCUAUCUCCUAUGCUCUUUGCAAUAUACAUGCUACCGCAGGGUGAAAUAAUCAGAUAUCAUGCCCUCAUCUACUACUGCUGUACAGAUGGCCUGUCUUUUGCUCCAGGUACUGAGAACCCAGUACCAAUCCUAAAUGGUUGUCUAGCUGAGCUCCAGGUGUGGGUGAUGCCAGUUGAUUAAUUAAUUAAUUAAGUUUAAAAUAUAGAGAAAAAUCUGUGUAUUAAAGAUAUGAAAUAAAGCUGUUUAAAAACAAAA